AUGAAAGAACAAGGAAGUAGAGCAGAAGAAGUAAAAAAACGAGUAGCCUUGGUGAUACAGUCUAUCCGAUCGACCAUGGGAACAAGCUUGGGCCCCAAGGGAAUGGACAAGAUGAUAACACAGGGCACGAACACCACGAUAACAAACGACGGAAGUACGAUCCUGAAAACAAUGAAAAUGAAGCAUCCUAUUGCACAGCUGAUAUGCAAUAUAUCGCACUCUCAGGACGAACAGAGCGGAGACGGAACGACAAGCAUUACGCUGCUUUUGUGCUCUUUUGUGGAGCAGGCUUUGGAGCUCACACAGAGAAAGAUCCAUCCAGUGAUCAUUGCUGAGGCUAUGGAAGUAGCAAAGAACGUGUGCAAAGACGUUCUAAUGGCCAAUGCGUCAAAGAUUGAGGGGCACGGGGACGUGAGAGACUGCAUUCGCGUGUCGCUCAACUCGAAAAUAGUCAAUGCAUACAUCGAGAAAAUAACGGAAGUAACGAUGAAGGUGAUAGAGCACAGCACAGACAAGAAGACACAGGACCUCAAGCUGAGCAACGUGCGAAGAGUGAAAAUAAAGGGAAACAUGGAAGAGACAGAAAUGGUCUCUGGAAUAGUGCUCUCUGCUCCUCUGAAGAAAAACAUCAAGUUUGUUCCGCGGAAAAUGAAAGUGGCUAUUUUCCAGUGCACAAUCGGGCAGUCAAAGCCGUCGAUAGACUCGAAGAUAAAGAUAGGCAACUACGAGUCGGUGGAGCAGGUGAUCAGGGAAGAAAAAGCACACGUGCUUUCUCUGUGCAAGAAAAUAAAAGAAAAAGAGAUAGACUUAAUAAUCCUGCAAAAAAGCAUCAUAAGAGAGUCGCUUUCUGAGCUGGGCCUGCACUUCCUGGAGCGAAUGGGCAUCAUGAUUGUGGAUGAUGUGGAGAGGAAAGAGAUCGAGCUGUGCGUGGAGCAGAUGGGAAUUACGCCAGUGGUGGACAUAAACGAAAUACAAGAAAGCAUGAUUGGGGAGUACCACGUUGAAGAGCUUGAGGGGCAUGUAAAAAUAUCUGCAGGAGAAGGCGUGUGCACUGUUGUGCUGCGAGGAACAGACGAUGUUAUUUUGGAAGAGGUGGACAGAAGCUUCAACGAUGCUGUGAAUGUUGGAAGACUCGCAGUGAAGAGGCCCCUAAUAACGUACGGUGGAGGAGUCUCAGAGCUCUUGUGCUACACUGAGCUCGUGAAGUACAGCGGAUCGAGCAACCCAAAGAUAAACUACUGUGUGAGAGAGCUUGCAAAGGGCCUUUUGAUAAUACCCGAGAUGCUUGCAAUCAACGCAGGCGCAAACUCCAUAACAACGGUUGAAAACUUGAUAAAGCUGCACAGCCAGGAGAAAAAGACGUAUGGUGUAUCUAUAAAGGCUGUAGGAGAAGGAAACAUGAAAAAAGAGAAUGUAGUGCAGCCUGUGGAUGUUUCCAUUUCAGGCAUCUCAGGGGCCUUUGACGGAGCCUCAACAAUCAUCAGGAUAGACGACUUUAUACCCGCAUCCAAAUAA